UUAAAUAAAAGUCAACGACGCAAAGGAAUUUCUCAAGCGUAGGCAGCAUAACUAUAAAAUAAAAGCACAAAAAGAAAAUAUAUCUGAAAAGGCAGUCGAGUAAAAUCAAUAAUAGACACAUGUAAGAGGAUAUAUACACGCAUCAUUGAGCACAACGCCAGAGCGUUCCAAUAUGGCAACAACAACAACAAGAACAACUAGAGGCUACGAUUACGGGGCGUGGCAGUCAACUGUGCCAUUGUUAUUGUUGUUGCUGCACGAAAGUUGCCACUAAACUUGAACGCUUGCUUAAAGAAAAACAAACAUUAAAAACAUGUCUGACCGCUAUAGCAGCUACUACGAGCACCUGCAUCCAGCGCAAGCCCAAGCUGCCAUGUCGUCCUAUGCAGCAGCCGGCUAUCGCGGUGGCUACGCCAGCGCUUACAAUCCGUAUGGCUAUGGCUAUGCUGGCGCCACAGCGGGCGCGGGCGCCUACAUGCCCAACUAUUACCGUUACGCGCCCUAUGCCUCGCCUCAUUACAGUCAGCCCACUCACCAUGCGCAUCCGCAUCCGCAUCAUCAUGCUGGCAUGUUUACGCCUGCGGGUCAGCAGCUUAUCCCUUCCAGUGUGCUGCACUAUCCGCCACGCCCACCAGUGCCGUACGCUCACACGCACAAUGCCUAUCAGCAAGCCAGCAACAGUUAUGAGCCGCCCGCGCCUGCGCCCUACAGCGCCGCUGCCUAUGGCCGCAGCUUUGGCGCCUAUCAGAGCGCCACGCCUACGCAUUAUGCGCCCACAGGACGAGCCGCUACGCCAGCGCCCAAUCGCACAGUGCUGCCGCCAAAUUAUCUCGAGUCGCUGCGACAUGAAGAGCCGCACUCACAUACCACGCCCAAGCUGGAGGAGCCAGCCAAUGAAGCCGAUACAGAGGCGGGCUCGCCCACACAACGUUUAACCACUUCACCGCCCAUGAUUAGCGCCACCGGCACCGACAGCGGCAUUAGCAAUUGCAGCACACGUGCGCGCAGCGACAGCAGUCAAAGCACUCCCGUUUACAGCGGCGAAUAUCCUGUGAACAUGUCCGUCGAGUCUGCCUCCUGUGUUUCCUAUCACUGUCCCACCGAUGGCAGAGACUACGAAGAGGAGGCACAGCAACAACAGCAGCAGCAACAACAACAACAACAACAACAGCAGCAGCAACAAACAGGCGCCGAGGAAGCCAAGUCAACAACAAUUGCAGACCAGGCACUGGAUGUGAACGAUGACAUAAGCGCGACAGCAGCAACGCCAACUGCGACGUCAACGUCGCCAGCAACACCUACGCAGCCCAUUGUGAAUGAUAUUGAUAAGACGGAAACGGCAGCGGCUGAGGCAGCGGCAAGCGAGGAGCAGCAGCCGGAAAUCAAUUUGGCGCAGGCGACAACAGCCACGCCACAGGACAUUCAUGUGGCUGAACAGCAGCAGCAGCAGCAACAGCAGCAGCAAGAGCAACAGCAACAUUCGCUAGCAGCUACUAAUCAAAUAAAGGACGAUGCAGCAGUUGAAUCAGAGCAAGAACAGCAGCAGCAACAACUGACAGCAACAAUAGCAGCCAGCAUAUCGCACAACUGGAGUCCAACGCCCACGUCACGUCGUUCGCGCACACCGCCCGCUCCACAAAACUCACCCGUUGGCUAUGGCCUCACGCCACACAGCGUGCCACCUGCGCUGGCGCCGCUGCUGCAGCAGCAGCAAGAACAGCUGCAACAGCAACAGCAAUCAACAUAUACAAGCAGCAAACGUCAUGCGUCAGCCAAAAAUCGCAAUAACAACAACAGCAGCAACAACAACAGCAGCAGCAGCAGCAGAAACUGCAAUAGCAGUCACAACAACAAUCGCAUUAUUGAAUGCGAUCUCAUACCGAGCAAAAAGUCAAAGCGUAAAACCAACAAAAGACCAGCUGGCUCAGAACCAAUUGAGGCUAUGGAGUCUACAGUACGCGAGCAGAUAAGGGAUAUCAAACCAUUGCCUGGCUUUCAGCAGGCCUUUGGCUCCACCGAAAUUGGACGCUUCUCGGAGCGCUUCCUGCAAACGCCAGAGAGCCUUGUCGAGCGACAGGCCGAGGAUUAUGCAGGCAGCUAUUACGACUGCAACAACAUGAUGCCCACUCCGACGCCCAAUCUAAAUGUCAUGCCAAGUGUUGGUCAUAGCUACGCUGCUGGCGCUGGUGGCAUGCAGGGUUAUUGGCCGUAUGAGGAGCAAUAUUACAAUCAGCACAUGUCACGCCAACGUAUGCGUGGCCAGGGCUAUCCGUAUGUGCCGGACUAUGCGGCGUAUGAGCGAUAUGGCUACGCAGCCUACAAUGCAAGCAGAUCGCGUUAUAACGAAAUACGCUGCAAUGGCUAUUAACAAUGUAUUAUAGCUACACACAUACUUAUACUAUAUACACACUAUAUAUAUAUUAUAU